AUGACUGAGGGCAUGGUGACACGCUCUCGGGCCUUAGACGAUCAGCUCUCGAACCUUACCGAGCUCGUGACUAAACAGGACGCCAAGAUGGAUGCCUUGAGCGUUACAGUGCAGCAACACGCCGAGACUUUUGAAAUGUUGCAGAAGUCCCUAGCUUCACAGCAGGCGGUCAUGGCUGACAUGAUGGUCAAGUUAGCUAGGAGUGACAAGGCUCCACCUUGUCCUACACCUCCGCAACCCCCUCUUUUGCCGCUACCCCCGGGUCCGGUGACAACCGCAAGCUCGCACACUGCACUGUUGGGACCACAGCCAACGGGACCAUCCAGGUUGCCGCGGCUAGAGAUCCCGCCAUUCUCAGGAGAGGACGUGACGGAGGGUCACCAUUGCUGCAUUCUAUAUGGCUGGACCGGCCCUACAAUGGUUCCAGUGGAUACACCUAACAAGGCAGAUGGCAUCGUGGGAGGAAUUCGCUCGCCAACUGGAGCUUCGGUUUGGGCCGUCCACUUUCAUCAACCACCAGCCCCAACUGUUCAAACUGAGGCAGCGGUCCACCGUGGGGAGGCGAUGUCGAGCGGAUUUGAGUGCCUCUCGUCUCGAACGACGAAGCUGUGCCCAGCAAGCUUGUUGAACUGCUUCCUUUCCGGCCUCCGAGAGGAUAUACAGAGGGAGUUAUACAUCCUGCGACCAAAUGAUCUCCACGAGGCGGUUGGCUUGGCCAAGUUGGUUGAGGAAAAAUGUAACGCGGGGAGACCCUCCAUCCCGUACAAUCGGCCCCAACCCCACAGACCACCCACCACGGCUGCAGGAGCCCGGCUACCCAACCUCCCAGUCAAGCGCCUUACCUCAACUGAGAUGGCAGCCCGCCGAGAAAAAGGGUUGUGCUUUAACUGCGACGCCAAAUUCGUCCCCGGGCACAAAUGUAGCCCUCCCCAAUUCCUAUGCCUUAUGGUAGACGUCGCCGAGGAGGAGCCGCCGGAUGAUUCCGUUCCCCAAGCUGUGUUAGACCCAGAAGACGAUGAGGGAACCCCAGUGACUGGGGGCGAGUCAUCUCCCUCGAUCUCCUUCGAUGCACUGACGGGGCAAGUCAUCCCGUCCACACUGAAGAUCGCCGGUUCGGUUAACGGUCGCGACGUCGUGGUUCUCAUCGAUGGAGGCUCCACGAACAACUUCAUCCAAGGCCGGCUCGCAGAACACCUGAGCCUCACCGUCCAACCCUCGCCGCAUCUCCGGGUGACUGUGGGGAACGGCGAGUCCGUAGGGUGCGGGGGACAGAGCCGCCAAGUCAGCUUGAAACUCGGGGCCACCGACUUUACCGUUGAUUUGUUGCUGCUACCAAUAUACGGCGCAGACCUAGUGCUAGGUGUGCAAUGGCUGUCAGGACUGGGUCCUGUUCUCUUCGAUUACCAUGAUCUGUGGAUGGAGUUCGAUCACCGAGGCAGCCGUAUCCGUUUGCAUGGAUUAUCUCACCCGACAUUAAAUUACAUCUCCCCAUCAGCCCUCGCCAAGACGGGCCACGUGCACCAGACGGCCCAGUACUGGCACCUCGAAGUCGACCACGCCGACUCGAGCGUUGAGCCCAAGGUGGGUCCCCAGGCACCGCGCGAGUUCGUCUCGUCCCUACGAGACAUCCUAUUGCAGUUUUCAGACAUUUUCUCCAGGCCGUCAGGGCUUCCCCCACCGCGGCCACUGGACCAUCGCAUCCCUUUGCUUCCGGGCAUGACCCCCAUCAAUGUCAAGCCGUAUCGUUACCCAUAUUUCCAGAAGGCGGAGAUCGAGAAGCUCGUCGGGGAGAUGAUCACGGAGGGGGUCAUUAGACCAAGUUCGAGUCUAUAUUCCGCCCCGGUCCUUCUCGUCAAGAAGGGCGACGGCAGCUGGCGAUUCUGCGUCGACUACCAUGCGUUAAACGCGGUUACCGUUAAAGACCGGUUUCCCAUUCCGACCGUGGAGGAGCUUUUCGAUGAGCUUGCCGGUGCACAAAUCUUCUCGAAGCUGGAUCUUCGCGCGGGGUUUCACCAAGUGCGCAUCCACCCACCAGACAUCGAAAAGACGGCGUUUAGGACCCAUGAAGGCCACUACGAGUUCCGAGUGAUGCCUUUCGGUCUAACCAACGCCCCGUCAACCUUCCAGGCGCUCAUGAAAUUGGUGUUCAAGGAUGUUUUGCGCCGGUUUGUAUUGGUCUUCUUCGACGACAUCCUCGUCUAUAGCCCGGAUUGGGGCAGCCACGUCAAACACCUACAAGCAGUCUUCACCCUCCUCUGUUCUCACCGACUAUUUGCUAAGCAGCAAAAGUGCGAGUUCGGCAGCAUUGAGAUCGGGUAUCUCGGUCACAGAGUCUCGGGACUAGGGGUUGCCGUUGAUCCCUCCAAAAUCGCGACCAUCCUAGAGUGGCCCUCGCCCAGGUCCGUGCGAGAGCUACGAGCCUUCUUGGGCCUUACCGGGUACUACCAGCACUUCAUUCGACACUAUGCCUCCCUCGCCGUGCCGCUUACCAACCUCCUUCGGAAAGAAGCCUUCGUUUGGUCCCCGGAAGCUUCCACCGCCUUCCAGAACUUGAAGGCCUCCUUGACUGAGACGCUGGUCCUACAGCUACCGGAUUUCUCUCACCCCUUCGAGGUUCAGACCGACGCGUCCGGUAGUGGGAUCGGAGCGGUGUUAGCCCAAAAGGGGCGGCCAAUCGCCUUCUUCAGCAAGCCCUUGAGCAGCAAACUCCGAGCUUCCUCCACGUAUAGCCGCGAGAUGUUCGCCAUCACCGAAUCUAUCAAGAAAUGGCGGCACUAUCUCCUUGGGCGGCGAUUCACUGUACUCACAGAUCACCAGAGCUUGAGGGCUCUCGUCCACCAAACCAUACAAACACCGGAGCAGCAACAUUGGCUCACCAAGUUGCUAGGCUACGACUUCGACAUCUUGUACAAGCCAGGAGCUUUGAAUGGUCCAGCAGACGCCCUCUCCCGCUUGCAUUCUCCAGCCAUUCAUGCUAUCAGCGCGUCCACCCGCCCCCUCACGGCGUUAUGGGAUGCCCUUCGGCAAAGCUACACAAGUCACCCUGCACUAACCAAACUCUUCCGUUCUGUGCAGGACCAUCCCGACAACCAUCCUCAUCACUCUAUCAAGGACGGCGUCCUCCUUUAUAAAGACCGUGCAUUGGUUCCUGCCGAAUCCGCACUCCAGCAGCUGCUCCUCGCGGAGUUCCAUAAUUCGGCCAUCGGAGGGCAUGCGGGCAUCCAGCGGACCUACGCCCGACUGGCGAGUGUGUUUUAUUGGCCAGAGCUCUGCCGCUCGGUCAAGGAAUUUGUCAAUCGUUGCACCGUCUGCCAAACCACCAAGCCGUUCAACAUCGCCCCUCAAGGCCUACUUCAACCGCUCCCCAUUCUGGGCAAAAUAUGGGACUCCCUGUCCCUCGACUUCAUCACCCAACUACCGCCAUCCUCCGGAAAAAACCACUAUCACGGUAGUCGUCGAUCGACUAUCCAAGAACGCCCAUUUCUCGGCCUACGGGUCCCGCGAGUUCAGACCCCUAAGUUGCUUCUAUCUUCGUCCGAGACAUCGUACGACUCCAUGGGUUCCCGACCUCCAUCGUAUCUGACCGAGACCCCAUCUUUAUGA